AUGCGCAAGUCUCUUUACUGGGCCGCGUGUGCUUUGACCCUGGCUAGUGCCAGCCUUGAUUUAGGCCCCGAUUACCCAUACAUAGUUGAAGAUCUCGAUAAGGAUUUGCCCUUUUCUCAGCCUGUCACGUUUGCCCAUCUAGAAUGGCAGCGAUGUUUGGCCGCGUCGCAUGAAGAGCCCCUGGAUAUCGCCAUUCUUGGCUUUCCAUACGAUACGUCCACCUCGUACCGUCCUGGAGCCAGAUUUGGCCCGCGCGGAAUCCGCGCUGGAUCUUCACGCGAAAAGAAAGGGCGCAGCUAUAACACAGUUUGGGGGGUUGACCCAUACGAGCAGGGAUUACAGAUUAUUGAUUGUGGCGAUGUGCCCAUCACGCCCUUUGACGCUGCCCAUGCUUUCAAGCAGAUGGAGCAGGCGUAUCGACAGAUCCUGUAUCACCAGACUUCCGAACAGAAUGCCUGGAAACAUCCCCGAAUUCUCAGCCUCGGAGGCGACCACUCCAUUGUCUUGCCGAUUUUGCGCUCCUUGAAGACCGUCUACGGUCCGAUUUCCGUUAUCCAUCUCGAUUCUCAUCUUGAUACCUGGGACCCUUAUGAGGGAUACACCGGAAUUGCCUCAAACCAAUCCGCCAUUACCCAUGGAACAUUCUUCUGGCAUGCCAGUCGAGAAGGGUGCAUAAGCAAGGGCACCAGUGUUCAUGGUGGUCUACGCACAAAGUUAUUUAGCCCCCGCGACUAUGAAAUUGAUCGGGAUGUCGUCGGCUUUACAUUGAUUGAAGCUCACGAGAUCGAUGAGAUUGGUGUGCAUGGUAUUGUUGAAAAAGUACGAAAGGCGGUUGGUGAUACUCCAACGUAUCUUUCUAUUGACAUUGAUGUCCUUGACCCGAGUAUUGCCCCUGCGACCGGCACUCCAGAAUCUGGAGGAUGGACCACCCGAGAGCUCAAGGCAUUCCUCAAAGGACUCGAAGGUAUCAACCUGGUUGGCGCCGAUGUUGUCGAGGUCAGUCCGCCAUAUGACAGCGUUGCUGAGACGACUUCGGUUGCUGCGGCCGACUUGCUCGUUGAUAUUCUGGCUGGCAUGACCAAGUCCACUACUGAACCUUCUAUUUCCCGCCCCGACAUUAAGGAUGAGCUAUGA